AUGCCGCCACGCAAUCCUUCCCCCCCUCCCACCACCCCCGCCCCCCCCCUACACACCCCCCGCAUCCAUCUCAUCUCUCAAUCCAUCCACUCUCCUCUACCUAAACCACAAUCCCAGCCCCCCUGCACCCCUCCACUCUCGACAUCCAACUACACCAAUCCCGCUUCUCCUUUGCCAACCACCCCCUCCCCUGAUUCCAUCACCAACACACCCCCCCACAACGAAUCCCCCCCAAUCCACCUCUCCAUCUCCCUCUGUCACACUCACACCCCCAACCCCACUGCCUCCACCCCAUGCUCUCUCCGCACCAUCACCUCUACAAGUCCCCCACCCCCCCCCCCGCCUAUCUCUCAACCCCACCCAAAGUCACCCACCCCUCCCCCCCCUCACACCCCCCCAAGUCCAUCCCUGCCUCUCACUCCAAGCAUCCCCAAUCCCACCCACAUCACCCCCCCGUAUCCCCCCCCCCCAACUCCCCCCCGACCUCUCGCAUCACAGCCCCCCCCCACCCGCACCCACCCCCCCUCUCCAAGUUCACCCCCUCGAACUUUCCCUCCCCCCGAGUCCCGCCCCCCCUCGCCUCCCACACCCCCUCCCCAACUCCCCCCAAGCGAGGCCAUCCUCCCCACCUCCACCACCCCCCCAUCCCUCCUCCCAUCCCACCCCCACUGCCCCAUAAAAUAUUGA